AUGGCAGGACGCGGAAAGCUCAUCGCGGUGAUCGGAGACGAGGAUACGGUGACUGGCUUCCUGCUAGGGGGCAUAGGGGAGCUUAACAAGAACCGUCACCCGAAUUUCCUGGUGGUGGAAAAGGAUACAACCAUCAAUGAGAUCGAAGACACUUUCCGGUACGUUACUGGGAGCCUUCCCAGCAGGGCAGUAGAAGGCAACGCCGACAGACAUGGCCCUCAACUUCUGGAGUGCAUUGACUAUAGGCAGUUUCUAAACCGAGAUGACGUUGGCAUCAUCCUCAUCAACCAGUACAUCGCCGAGAUGGUGCGGCAUGCACUGGAUGCCCAUCAGCGCUCCAUCCCUGCCGUCCUGGAGAUCCCAUCCAAGGAGCACCCCUACGAUGCUGCCAAGGACUCCAUCCUGCGCAGGGCUAGGGGCAUGUUCAACGCCGAAGACCUGCGCUAG